AUGCUUAACUCUAUCAAAGAUCUAUCUAUACAAGAUUUCUUUGAAGGAAUUAAAGCACCCGAAUUGUUACAUAUCCCCUCCUUCCCUCUCUCUCUGUAUCCUAUCCUUCUCUCUGAGUAUCCCUCCUUCCCCCUCUCUCUGAGUAUCCCCUCCUUCCCUCUCUCUCUGAGUAUCCUCUCCUUCCCUCUCUCUCUGAUAUCUCUCCCUUCUCUCUCUCUCUCUGAGUAUCUCUCCCUUCUCUCUCUCUCUCUGAGUAUCUCUCCCUUCUCUCUCUCUCUGAGUAUCUCUCUCCCUUCUCUCUCUCUGAGUAUCUCUCUCCCUUCUCUCUCUCUGAGUAUCUCUCCCUUCUCUCUCUCUGAGUAUCUCUCCCUUCUCUCUCUCUCUGAGUAUCCACAGCUCUCUCUGACACAGUCAAGUGUCUUCCGGCUGUGGAACCUACACACAUCCCUUCUCCUGAUUUUCGUCUCUCUCUCUCUCUUUCUCCUCCUCCUCCUCCUUUUCUUUAGUCUUUCACUCAGUUCCUCUUCUUAUUCCAUUCAUGAUGCUCUUCUCUUGUCAACAUUCUUUCAUCCUUCAAUGUGGCACAACACAGGGAUAGAUAUCUGGAUUUAUUUUGGAAGUUAA